GUCGAUUCCAGAAGUCGAGUUUUUUCAGCGAAAAGUCGAUUUACGCUAAACUGAGGGUCGACUUUUCCAUUCCUACUGCGUGUUUAUCAACAUCUUCCGACAACAUAUAGAAACAAAGUGAGAUAUUAAGAAGCAGAAACACAUAAUGAAGAUAUUCAUCGGUUGCACGCCAUUACUUCUUAUAAUUUUUACAGAGGUGUGUCAUGUGGUAUCCUUUAAUCAAAAGAAACCAUUGUCCCCGGUAAUAUUUAUUCCUGGUGAUGGCGGUAGUCAAUUGGAGGCUAAACUGAAUAAAUCAGAUGCGCCCUUAUAUUGCUCAAAAAAAGCCAAUUGGUAUAGCCUAUGGUUGAACUUAGAAUUAUUGGUUGUACCGCCAGUUUAUUGUUGGGUGGAAAAUAUUAAAUUAUAUUACGACAAAGCUACCAGAACUACGCACAAUUCACCUGGUGUAGAUAUACGCGUUCCUGGUUGGGGAGACCCUGAUGUCGUGGAAUGGAUAGACCCGACACACAACAAAGCGGGGGCGUACUUUAAGGAUAUUGCGAAUGUGCUUGUCGACUUGGGAUACGAGCGAAAAAAGAACAUACACGGUGCGCCGUACGACUUCCGCAAAGGACCAAGUGAACAUAACCAAUUCUUUAUUGAUUUGAAAAAGCUAGUAGAGGAUACAUAUGAGCGUAAUUCAAAAUUGCCAGUAACAUUUAUAUCGCACAGCAUGGGAAGCCCAAUGACAUUAGUGUUUCUGCAUCAACAAACCACAGAGUGGCGACGGAAAUAUAUAAAGAGGCAAAUAAGUCUCGCUGGUGCUUGGGCGGGUAGCAUGAAAGCUGUCAAGGUGUUUGCAAUGGGCGAUGAUUUGGAUUCAUUCUUCCUCAGUGGAAAAAUUUUAAAACAAGAACAAAUAACUAAUCCUUCCACCGCAUGGCUGCUACCAUCACCACUCUUUUGGCGCCCGUCCGAAGUCUUGGUGGAAACUCCGUCACGCGUAUAUACAAUGUCACAGCUGAAGCAAUUCUUUUCUGAUAUUGAUUACACAAUUGGAUGGGAUAUGCGACAAGACAAUAUGCAUUUCACAUUAAAUUUUAGUCCGCCAGAUGUAGAAUUACAUUGUCUCUAUGGUGAUGGUUUGGACACCGUCGAGCGUUUGCGAUACAAGAAAGACACAAUCGCUGACGAGACACCAAAGUUGGUAAUGGGAAAAGGCGAUGGUACCGUAAACCAACGUUCGUUGCGCGCUUGCCACGCUUGGAUCGGACGGCAAAGUGCCAAUAUUACAAACGUAGCUUUAAAUGGAGUAGACCAUAUGGGUGUUUUAGCGCACAAUGAUGUUUUGAAUUACAUCAAAAAUAUAAUGCAAACAUAAAUGUUGUGACUAUUAGUAAAUUUGUAUAUUAAUUUUUUGUACUCUAUUCUUUACAUUGACUUCUUUGUUUCAUGUCUUAAAGUUUAAAUUAGCGGUUAUUUUAAAAUAUUGGAUUUUAAUACCUCGAACAAACAACCAAUAUAAUUAAUUUUGAGAAAAUAGUCUGAAACGCGAAUCUGUAUAAAUUUUAAUUAAAAAUUGUCUAAAUUAGCAUGUCGUACAUAAUUAUGUACAUACACACAUAUGUAUUUAUGUACAUACAUACAAAGAUGUAUUAAUAAAGAAUAUAGUCCCGUCGUUUACGCGUAAAAAA